AAACUCCUCCGGCAACACCAUUAUUUCCAUCACUGGAAAUGGAUGCAAAUGCUCCAGCUUUACUCAUUCAGAGGGAAUUGCCCAUUGUUCAGCCUCUUCUCCCUUCCAGGUUGCAUCCAGUUUUCAGACAAUUCAAAGGCCCCAAGAACAAUCACACCAAGAUCCUCAUCUCCAGCACCUCACAAAAAGACCCCUGCAAGAUCAUCAGUUGUUCCUGCAGCCCUAAACCUUAAGUUAAACAAAUCCAACAACGCCGCCGUGGCCGGGGAAAAAUGUAACCCAACAUUCUCGUCUUCAUCAAAUGCUUCUUCUGCAAAGUCCAGCAUUGUCAAGAACAAAGAAAGCAGCCUAAAUCUGUCGGCUUCCAACCUAUCAAAAUCCUUGGGUCCAAUAGAUUCUUCUCCGGCCACCAAUAAGAUUCAGCCCAGAAUCAGAGGAGUUUCGCCGCUGGUGAGGCCCAAAAUCCCGGCCCAAUUCCCCGGAUUUUCCGACGAAACGCCGCCGAAUCUCAGAUCCGUUUCAGCCGCCCGGGGACGCUCCGCCGCCGCCGAUCAUCAACAAAAGCAACAAAACCAAACGAUUAUCCCAAAUCAAAGACCGUCGUCCGUGUCCCGGACGAGGAGACAGUCGUGCUCCCCGAGUGUGGCUCGUGGCCGGAAAACAGCGCAGGUUAGUGAAGGAAACGCAAACAAAGAAAAGGUAACAAUAACAAUAAAUACUAGGAUUGUGCAACAUGGGAAUCCGCAGGUUUUGGGGAGUAGAAUGGUGGACAAGUUUCUGAACGCCAGAAAGGCUUCCUCAAUAAUCCAGGUGGAAGGGAUGAUUAAUGAUAACAAAGCUGCUGGGAAACUGAUGAACGGCUCCUCAUCCAUUAAUGAGAGCUCUGGUUUUGGAAGAAUGAUGUCUAGAAAUUCCCUCAACAUGCCUCUCAAACACAUGGAGAUUAAGCAAAUAGAGUCCAAUAAAAAUGGGAUGGGGGCCACGGCAAGAAAAUCAACCUCAAACAUGAGGGGCAGCAGCAUCAGCAGUAGACCCACACCUACUUCUAAUGGUAACACCUUCUUAUGCAUGUAA